AGCCUGUGUUACUAAACUUGGCUCCCAAGUUUGCCACAUUGCAUUAGCCUGAACAUGUUAGCUUUGCCGUGAGAGUUGCCGUUGGACUGACAGCACGACCAAGUUAGCCGGGGACCGUUUCUGAUUAAUCUCACCAUGCGGCAAAUGCUUGACACUCAAAUUAACAGCUACAUUUCUGUCGUCUGUUACAUUAAUUUCAUUACGUUCUAAUUUCAUUAGAUUAAAAUGACAACCGUUGUCUUUUUCUUGCUAAACUCCCUGCUGGUGAUGCAACGAUAGAUAAUGUCAGAUAUUUCAUGACACGGAAGAUGCCAGUGAAACAGACCUCGCCAAGCACGACGAGGAUGACUAUGUCGAAAUCAAAGAGCAAAUGUACCAAGACAAACUGGCCUCUCUGAAAAGACAGUUGCAGCAAUUACAAGAAGGUACACUGCAGGAGUAUCAGAAGAGGAUGAAGAAGCUGGACCAGCAGUACAAAGAGAGACUCCGAAAUGCAGAUCUCUUUCUCCAGCUUGAGACCGAGCAGGUGGAGAGGAACUACAUCAAGGAGAAGAAAGCAGCGGUGAAGGAGUUUGAUGAUAAAAAGGUGGAACUGAAGGAAAACCUAAUUGCAGAGUUGGAAGAGAAGAAGAAAAUGAUCGAGAAUGAAAAGUUAACAAUGGAGCUGACGGGAGACUCGAUGGAGGUAAAACCUAUAAUGACUCGGAAGCUGAGGAGACGGCCCAACGACCCGGUCCCUAUACCAGAUAAACGGAGAAAACCUGCACCAGCUCAGCUAAAUUAUUUGUUAACAGAUGAUCAGAUAAUGGAAGAUCUAAGAACAUUAAAUAAGCUUAAGUCACCAAAACGGCCAGUGUCUCCCACGUCACCAGAGCACGUCCCCUCCGCCCCCAUGGAGAGCCCCUCCCAGCGUUAUGAGGCUCGCAUCGAAGAGGGGAAACUCUACUACGACAAAAGAUGGUACCACAAGAGCCAGGCCAUCUACCUGGAGUCAAAGGACAACACAAAGAUAAGCUGUGUCAUCAGCUCGGUGGGGACCAAUGAGAUAUGGGUGAGGAAGACGAGCGACAGUACAAAGAUGAGGAUCUACCUGGGUCAGCUGCAAAGGGGAGCGUUUAUCAUACGUCGACGGUCGGCUGCAUGAAACAUCGCCCCACCUCACGCCACCCCCAUCAGUCCAUUUUUCCAUCCAUCCGCCCGCCUUCCUUUGUGGUGCAUCUCAGUUUGACAUGUGGCCUCUUGUUCUUCAUCAUGGACAGUAUCCCCUUAUGACACAAACAUACACACGCAGUCUUCUGUGACCAAGAAUAACUGCAUCUGUUUCCUACAUAAACCAAAUGACAGUACAGUUAAAGUUGUCAUAACCGACUGCUUUCCAGCAUUAUUUGUCACUAUGUGGCACGUGUGUGAAGGAGGUCAGUGGUCAUAACAGAGCCCGCUUUAUUUCUGUCUUGUGCUGUCAACACAAAGGCUUUUUAAAAACACACUUUGUCAUUUACCUUUUAUAUUUAAGUUAUUUUUCCUUAUUUUGUUGGUGUAGUGGCCCCGCAGAAACUGUCUUCAAGCUUUUAAAACAAUUUCUAAUAUGAUGUGUAACUGAACUGACAAAGGAAGAAUUGCAUCAGGUUUAUCAUAAAUCCUGUGACCGAAAGUGCUUCACCAGGAGUCAUGCCAUUUACAAAAGAGUAGGACUUUUGCACUGUCAUAAAAAAAAGGCAUCUUGCUAUGCUGAUGGUUUUCCCUAAUAACUUGUUCAAAAGCCCUGUGUAUUAAAACCCCAAAUUUCGUAUUUGAAAGAAAUUGUAUUUUAAGGAUCUUCUGUUAUUUCUUUGCCAUUGUAUGCGAUCUCCUGCCAUUUGUGAACCAUCUGGAAAAGUUCAGCUGUAUUUGCAUGUGGAGCGCUACGUUGACUGCUGAUUUCUACUGUUUCAUUUUAUUAAAAUGUUUUCUGCAUUUUA